UGGUUGCCCAAGGCCUUUGCAUCCUCAACGCGCGUCCUUAUGAUACAGGCCGACUGUACGCAUUGUCGGAGUAGUACCACCGCCGCAGUCGUCACCGUCGACCCGCAGCUGUUUCGAGUCACGCCUGCGUUUGACAAUCACUGCAGCCCCCCAGCGUCUCGCCGAAGACCAAUGCAGCUCUGUCCCCGCGCCCUUCUCCUGCUGCUGGCGGUGUUGCCAUGCGCAGGGGCGGCGAGGGUCCGCAAUGGCGUCACGCCUAUAGGGAAGGUGAUCGACAUGCUCACUGGCCUCCAGGGGAAGCUCUCGAAGGAAGCUGAGGGGGAGACAAAGGCGUACGAGGAGCAGAUGGAUAAUUGCAAGUUUGGCACCAAGGACCUCGGUUUCGAAAUCCAAACUGCAGAGGGCGAGAUCGACGAUUUGACGGCCACCAUCGAAAAAGCAAAAGCAGAUCUGGUAUCAGAGACUACCAGGAUCGAGGCUCUUGCUGCUGACAUCUCGGAGGCAGAGGCUGAGCUCAAGGCAGCCAAGACCAUUCGCGCCAACGAGAGCUCCGAGUUCGUCACUGCCGAGAAGGAAUUGGUCGACGUCAUUGACACGCUGAACCGCGCCAGCAACAUGUUGCAGCGCAAGUUGGGCAAGUCCGCUUUGGUACAGCAGAAGGUGGACAGCGGCAGCGUCGCGUCGCUGCUCCGCUCCCUGGGGGCCGUCGUCGAGGCGGCCGCACUGCCGGUGGGCGACCGCAAGAGGCUGAUGGCGCUGGCCCAGGGCAGCGCGGAGGACCAGGCCGACGGGCAGGAGCUUGGCGCGCCCGCGGCGGAAGCGUACAAGGCGCACGGCGGGAACAUCCUCGAGGUGCUCGAGGACA